AUGUCAGAAUCUUCUGGCGACGAGGCGUCCGACGACCACGCGGCCACCGUGGCUUCUUCACGGAUACCAGCUUGCGUUUCCAAGUUGGCUCCAUCGAAUGCCUCGAGGACCUGGUCAAUUAUCAAUGCGCUCCUCUCCGUUUGGUCUUUCCUGCUUGUGCUGGAGAUAACCGGCAAUUCGAUCUUCGACAGUCAUCAUUUUCUGGUAGAAUCACACCUGUAUCUGGUGUGGAAUUUUGGGGCGAGCACCACCUGGUGCCUGGAGGUGACAUUGACCGUCUUGGUUCCAGCGGAAAAGGGCGGCAGUUGGCUUGGUUCAUACCUUGUUUGGCUUGAGCUGCUUCUGAGCAUCUACUUUGCUACCGACUCCAUUUUGCUGUUUCGACAAUGGCAGAAGACGGGAAACUGGAAAAGUGAGCUCGUCGUCACGAUUCUGAGCACCCUUGGAUACUUGUACUACUGUCUCAAACCCAGGGCAUGUCAGCGUUCUGGUGUCAAUGGCGCGAACGAACAGGAAGAGUGA